AAUUGUAUUAAAUUAAAUAAUAAAAAAAAUAUAUAACAAAAUGAAGAUUCUAUUUCAUUUGGCAUUAUUUGGAUUUAUAUUGUUAUUUCACAAUGCAAAUUCACAAUCAAGAACAAGAGGAAGUCAGGGUUCAUCUUUGACUGAUCGAGUUCAACAAUUAACAGACAUGUCUAUGAAAAGACCUGUUUUGAAAUUUAAUGGAGCUAAAUUUAAAGAGUACAUCAAAGCAGCUCCAAGAAAUUAUUCAGUUAUUGUUAUGUUCACAGCAAUGGCACCACAACGACAAUGUCAAAUUUGCAGAAAUGCAAAUGAUGAAUUUACAAUUGUUGCAAAUUCAUUUCGUUAUUCACAAUCAUACUCGAACAAAUUAUUUUUUGUUAGUGUUGACUUUGAUGAAGGAUCUGAUGUAUUUCAAAUGAUGAAAUUAAAUACUGCACCAGUUUACAUACAUUUUCCACCAAAAGGUAAACCAAAAUCACUUGAUACAAUGGAUAUUCAACGUAUUGGCUUUGGUGCUGAAGCUAUUGCAAAAUGGAUCAUGGAACGUACUGACAUUCAGAUUCGUGUAUUUAGACCACCAAAUUAUUCUGGAACAGUUGCUGUUGCCAUGCUUGUUAUAUUUGUUGGUGGUUUCUUAUAUUUGAAACGUAAUAAUCUUGAUUUUAUUUACAACAAAACACUCUGGGGAUUGGGAUCAAUGUUUUUUACACUCACAAUGAUAUCUGGACAGAUGUGGAAUCACAUUAGAGGACCACCAUUUAUUCAUAAAUCACCAAACGGUGGUGUUGCUUACAUACAUGGAUCAUCACAAGGACAAUUUGUAUUGGAAACAUAUAUUGUCAUGGCAUUGAAUGGUGCUGUUGUAUUGGGCAUGAUACUUAUGACUGAAGGAGCAUCAAGAAAAGGUGAUGUUAGAAAGAAGAAAAUAUUUGCUGUUAUUGGUCUUGGUUUAGUUGCUGUAUUUUUCAGUCUUCUUCUUUCCAUUUUCCGAAACAAAGCACAAGGAUAUCCUUACAGUCUGCUCUUCAAGUAAUAGUUUUUAAACACAAUAAAACAUUUGUUUGUUUUCGAAUAAAAAAAAAAAAAUAAUUAAAACUAAAUUUCAAAUCAAGAUUUAUAGAAAUUAUUUAUCAUCUUGAUAUUUGCAAUAAAAAUUAGAUAUUCCAUCAUUGUAUUUACAUAGUUUAAUAUUGUAAUUGUUUAUUUAGAAUUUUGUAUGUCAAAUAAAUAAAUAAAUAUUAAUCGACGAAAAAA